AUGGCGACCCCGAAUCCCAUACAAAACGUGCCCAUCCCACCGGAACAACGCCUAGCCCUAGAACAACAACAACGCUAUGAACGUAUAGUACGAAACCUGGCGAUUGGGGGGCUCGUGGUGUGCCCGAUAAUUGCAUUGCUCCCACCGCGAAAACUGGACCUUUAUACUUUCUCGCUAGGAAUCGGGUUCUACUUGUCCGCCGACCAUCUAAUCACCCUUCGCACCGGCCGCGGCCUCGUACAGAACCUUUCUCCCAUGCGCGCAAUGGAACUUCCCACAGACCGAGCGCGAGAGACACAGAGAAUACUGCAAGAGGAGAGAGAAAAGGGUAGGAAGGCGCUCGAGAGAAAGGAGGGACAGCAAAAGGGCGUACUAGGGAAAUUGUGGAUGGGAGAUGAAGACGAGGGAUGGAAGGAAAAGCGUCUAGAGGAAGAGAGGAAGGCGCUUGAAGAAGGCAAGGGUUAUGGAGAUUUGAUCAUGGAACAGAUUUGGGAUGUGUGGAACUGGGACAAGAAGAAGGGCAAAGAUAAUGAGAGUAAGAAGGAGUGA